CUGACGACACUUCUGCGCGCCGGAAGAGAAAAAGGCUCCCGGUACUACGCGAGUGGCAGCUCGGGGAGUCUUGCUCCGCUAUGCGGAUCACCGGAAAAACUUUCCGCCGGCGCCGGCCUGACUCGGAGUCGGAGGAGGAUGAACAAGAAUCAGAAGAGGUUCGGUUAAAACUGGAAGAAACCCGAGAGGUGCAGAACUUGAGGAAGAGGCCAAAUGGGGUGAGUGCCGCUGCCCUUCUGGUGGGAGAGAAGGUUCAAGAGGAGACUACUCUUGUGGAUGAUCCUUACCAAAUGACGACAGGCGGCAUGGUGGACAUGAAGAAACUGAAGGAGCGGGGCAAAGAUAAGGUCAGUGAAGAGGAAGAUCUGCACCUGGGAACAUCGUUUUCUGCCGAAACCAACCGGAGGGAUGAGGAUGCAGACAUGAUGAAGUACAUCGAGACAGAGCUGAAGAAGAGGAAGGGCAUCGUGGAGCAGGAGGAACAGAAGGCCAAGCCCAAGAAUGCCGAGGACUGCCUCUAUGAGCUGCCAGAGAACAUCCGCGUCUCCUCUGCCAAGAAGACGGAGGAGAUGCUGUCCAACCAGAUGCUCAGUGGCAUCCCUGAGGUGGAUCUGGGCAUAGAUGCUAAAAUAAAAAACAUCAUUUCCACGGAGGAUGCCAAGGCCCGGCUGCUGGCGGAGCAGCAGAACAAGAAGAAGGAUAGCGAGACGUCGUUUGUGCCCACCAACAUGGCCGUGAACUACGUGCAGCACAACCGCUUUUAUCAUGAGGAGCUCAAUGCACCCAUCCGAAGAAACAAAGAGGAGCCCAAGGCGCGGCCCUUGCGAGUGGGUGACACAGAGAAGCCAGAGCCUGAACGGUCCCCUCCCAACCGCAAGCGUCCUGCUAACGAGAAGGCCACAGAUGACUACCACUACGAGAAGUUCAAGAAGAUGAACAGGCGCUACUGAGGCGGCGGGCGG